AGAAGAAAAUGCCAGACUUAUAACCAAGAUAAUUAGACAAGCUAGCUUGUUUGAAAAAGCUGAGCUUGAGGCAAGGAAUGCUAAACUUAUAGAAAGAAUCGCAAAACUGAAAGAUAAGCAGUUGGAGAACAUAAUAAUAAAAAACUCAUGCGUAAGCGCAUCUGGCCAAGUAUCAUGA